AAAUCGUGCGUUCAAUUAGUCAUUUAGUGCGUGUCUUUUCCAACUAUCUUUCUCUUCAUAAACUAGACCAGACCCCACCCACCUCAUAUCCUCCUCUGUUCUUCACAACUUCAUUGCCAAUAGGCAAUAGACUUCCAAGUCUUUUCCAGAUUGCAGAAAAAAAAGUGAAAUGACCAACCAAAAAUUGGUGAUUUCUGAUGCAAAAUCAGACCUUAAAAUGGCAAUUGCAGUUGCUAUGUCUGAAUCCAAUCUAUACUCACCCGCCAUGCCGAAGCCACUGGUCGCAACAACUGGCUACUUUUUAAUAAAGAAGAUUAUAAAGUUUGAAACUAAUGGAAGAGAAACCAGGAAUAACGCCUUUAUUGAUUCAAUGCGGGCUUCUUCGCCAACUCGUCGAGCCACUGAAACUGAAGAUAAAAACACCUGGAUUAUUCGUCAUCCAUCGGCUUUAAACAUGUUCGAGGCUAUCAUGAAUGCUUCAAAGGGAAAGGACAUAGUGGUGUUUCUUGAUUAUGAUGGUACAUUAUCACCCAUUGUUGAGGAUCCUGAUCGAGCUUUCAUGACUAAUGAGAUGAGAGAAGCAGUGAGAGACGUUGCCAAAUUUUUCCCCACAGCCAUUGUUAGUGGAAGGUGCAGAGCCAAAGUGUAUAAUUUUGUGAAAUUAUCAGAGCUUUAUUAUGCAGGGAGUCAUGGAAUGGACAUCUUGGGACCAACAAAAGGACACAAAAAACAAAGAAAAGGAAAUCAAUCUGUCUUCUGCCAGCCUGCCAGAGAAUUUUUGCCAAUGAUUGAUGAGGUAAAUAAAAUUUUGUUGGAGAAAAUCAAAUUCGUCCCAGGUGCAAAAGUUGAAAACAACAAGUUUUGUCUAUCCGUACACUUCCGUUGCGUAGAUGAGAAGAUUUGGGGCGAACUAGCAGAGCAAGUUAAAGAAGUGAUUAAGGACUAUCCAAAGCUCAGAUUGAGCCAAGGAAGGAAGGUAUUGGAGAUUCGUCCCGCCAUUAAAUGGGACAAGGGAAAUGCACUUGAAUUCUUGUUAGAGUCAUUAGGUUACGACAAAUCAGACAAUGUCUUACCAAUUUAUAUUGGCGAUGAUCGCACCGAUGAAGAUGCAUUCAAAGUUUUGCGCAAGAGAGGACAAGGUUUUGGAAUUCUAGUUUCUAAAUCUCCUAAAGAAACAAAUGCCUCGUAUUCAUUGCAAGAACCAUCCGAGGUCAUGUACUUCCUCAAACGCUUAGCGGAAUGGAAAAAAUCAUCCCUACUAGGGCAUUAGGACGAGCGCCUCCCUACCAACAUAGAGGAAACAAUCGACUCCUACCCUCAAAGUUUUAUUAGGGAUAUGGGUGAUGUUGAAUUUAUGUACCUAAUUUGUUUAAUUAUAACGAUCCAAAGGGAACUCUAUUUUUUUUUUUUUUUUGCUUUUUAUAAAAUGUAAGACCUUUACGUUUGUAGAAUAAACAGUUUUCUCUCAUCUUUAUUCAUGUCGUUAUCUUUGAAUAAACGUAUGCCCUUUUCAUCAA